GUUGGUGGAAAGUGACAAGUUGAGGGAAGCUGAGAGCCAGAGAGCGAGCGCGCAGAGCGGGAGGAGCCGCAGCAGCCGCCACCAAGGGAGCCCCGGGACGGCAGCCCCCGGUAGCAGGGCGCGCUCUUCUCCGAGUCCGAGCUGGGGGCACUCGCCUUUCCGCUAGCGCGACACCCACAGCUCGGGGCUGACCGGCCGGCGGAGGCGAGGCUGCAGCCGGAGGGCUGAGGAGGGACCGCGCGUACGGGGUCCAGAGGCGGCCGCAGGGAGCGAGGGAGCAGGUUAGAGGGACAAAGAACUUUGCAGACGCCCCCGGCAUCCUGCGGGGAGAGCGGCCGGGACGAGGUGGCCGGGACCCCGGGCAGAGCCCGUGGAUGUUCUGCGCGCGGCCUGGGAGCCGCCGCCGCCGCCGCCGCCGCCGCGAGAGGAGGAAUGCACCGGCCGCGCCGCCGCGGGGCGCGCCCGCCGCUCCUGGCGCUGCUGGCCGCGCUGCUGCUGGCUGCGCGCGGGGCCGCUGCCCAAGAAACAGAGUUGUCAGUCACUGCUGAGUUAGUGCCUACCUCAUCAUGGAACAUUUCAAGUGAACUCGACAAAGAUUCUUACCUGACCCUUGAUGAACCGAUGAAUAACAUCACCACGUCCCUGGGGCAGACAGCUGAACUGCACUGCAAAGUCUCUGGCAAUCCACCUCCUACCAUCCGCUGGUUCAAAAAUGAUGCACCUGUGGUCCAGGAGCCCCGGAGGAUCUCAUUUCGGGCAACCAACUAUGGCUCUAGACUGCGGAUUAGAAAUCUUGACACCACAGAUACAGGCUACUUCCAGUGCGUGGCAACAAAUGGCAAGAAGGUGGUUUCUACCACGGGAGUCUUGUUCGUCAAGUUUGGUCCCCCUCCCACUGCAAGUCCAGGAUCCUCAGAUGAGUAUGAAGAAGAUGGAUUCUGUCAGCCAUACAGAGGGAUCGCAUGUGCAAGAUUUAUUGGCAACCGCACUGUCUAUAUGGAGUCUUUGCACAUGCAAGGGGAAAUAGAAAAUCAGAUCACAGCUGCCUUCACCAUGAUUGGCACCUCCAGCCACUUAUCUGAUAAGUGCUCUCAGUUUGCCAUUCCUUCCCUGUGCCACUAUGCCUUCCCGUACUGCGACGAAACCUCAUCCAUCCCUAAGCCCCGGGACUUGUGUCGCGAUGAAUGUGAAAUCCUGGAGAACGUCCUGUGUCAAACAGAGUACAUUUUUGCAAGAUCAAAUCCCAUGAUCCUGAUGAGGCUGAAACUACCAAACUGUGAAGAUCUCCCCCAGCCGGAGAGCCCCGAAGCCGCAAACUGCAUCCGGAUUGGAAUUCCCAUGGCGGAUCCCAUAAAUAAAAACCACAAGUGCUAUAACAGCACAGGUGUGGAUUACCGGGGGACCGUCAGCGUGACCAAAUCAGGGCGCCAGUGCCAGCCGUGGAAUUCUCAGUACCCCCACACGCACACCUUCACCGCUCUCCGUUUCCCAGAACUGAACGGAGGCCAUUCCUACUGCCGCAAUCCGGGGAAUCAGAAGGAGGCCCCCUGGUGCUUCACCUUGGAUGAAAACUUUAAGUCUGACCUGUGUGACAUCCCAGCAUGUGAUUCGAAGGGCUCCAAGGAGAAGAAUAAAAUGGAGAUCUUGUACAUACUGGUGCCAAGUGUUGCUAUUCCUCUGGCCAUUGCUUUUCUCUUCUUUUUUAUCUGCGUCUGCCGCAAUAACCAGAAGUCAUCGUCACCGCCAGUCCAGAGGCAACCGAAACAUGUCAGAGGUCAAAAUGUGGAGAUGUCAAUGCUGAACGCAUAUAAACCCAAGAGCAAGGCUAAAGAGCUGCCACUCUCUGCUGUACGUUUUAUGGAAGAAUUGGGGGAAUGUGCCUUUGGAAAGAUCUAUAAGGGCCAUCUCUAUCUCCCAGGCAUGGACCAUGCUCAAUUGGUUGCUAUAAAGACCUUGAAAGACUAUAACAACCCCCAGCAAUGGACAGAAUUUCAACAGGAAGCCUCCCUGAUGGCCGAACUACACCACCCCAAUAUCGUCUGCCUUCUGGGUGCUGUCACUCAGGAACAGCCUGUGUGUAUGCUUUUUGAGUAUAUGAAUCAGGGGGAUCUCCAUGAGUUCCUUAUCAUGCGCUCCCCACAUUCUGAUGUUGGCUGUAGCAGUGACGAAGACGGGACCGUAAAAUCCAGCCUGGAUCAUGGAGAUUUUCUGCACAUAGCAAUUCAGAUUGCAGCCGGCAUGGAGUACCUGUCUAGUCACUUCUUUGUCCAUAAGGACCUUGCAGCUCGCAAUAUUUUAAUCGGAGAGCAACUUCAUGUAAAGAUUUCAGACCUUGGGCUUUCCAGAGAAAUCUACUCUGCCGAUUACUACAGGGUGCAGAGUAAGUCUUUGCUGCCCAUUCGCUGGAUGCCCCCUGAAGCCAUCAUGUAUGGCAAAUUCUCUUCUGAUUCAGAUAUCUGGUCCUUCGGGGUUGUCUUGUGGGAGAUCUUCAGUUUUGGACUGCAACCGUAUUAUGGAUUUAGUAACCAGGAAGUGAUCGAAAUGGUAAGGAAACGACAGCUGUUACCAUGCUCCGAAGAUUGCCCGCCCAGAAUGUACAGCCUCAUGACAGAGUGCUGGAAUGAGAUUCCUUCCAGGAGACCAAGAUUUAAAGAUAUCCAUGUCCGGCUUCGGUCCUGGGAGGGACUCUCAAGUCACACCAGCUCCACUACUCCUUCAGGGGGAAAUGCUACCACGCAGACAACCUCCCUUAGCGCCAGCCCAGUGAGUAAUCUCAGUAACCCCAGAUAUCCCAAUUAUAUGUUCCCGAGCCAGGGUAUUACACCACAGGGCCAGAUUGCUGGUUUCAUUGGCCCACCAAUACCUCAGAACCAGCGAUUUAUCCCCAUCAAUGGAUACCCAAUACCUCCUGGCUAUGCGGCAUUUCCAGCUGCCCACUACCAACCAACAGGCCCUCCCAGAGUGAUUCAGCAUUGCCCGCCUCCCAAGAGUCGGUCCCCGAGCAGUGCCAGUGGGUCGACUAGCACUGGUCAUGUGACCAGCUUGCCCUCUUCAGGAUCUAAUCAGGAAGCAAACAUUCCCUUACUACCACACAUGUCGAUUCCAAAUCAUCCCAGUGGAAUGGGUAUCACCGUUUUUGGCAACAAGUCUCAAAAACCCUACAAAAUAGACUCAAAGCAACCGUCUUUGCUAGGAGACUCCAAUAUUCACGGACACACCGAAUCUAUGAUUUCUGCAGAACUGUAAAAUGCAUGACUUUUGUAAAUGGGGUAUACAGGAAAAACUAGAAAGCCGUAGAAAAGAUUUAAAUUCAAAUGUUUUUAUUAAAGGUUCUCACUUAGCAGACAUUGCAACAAGUAUCUUCUGUGAAGUUUAACUGUGUCUUACCAAGCAGGGCAGACAACCAGCCAGAAAAAGAAAACAUUGUGGGAUUAACACUCCAUCAGGGGUACACGACAUGGCAUUGGGAUUGGUACAUCUGGUUUCACGUACUAAAAACUGCAAACCAGUGAAGAAGAAAAGAGUCUCGUGAUUAAAUAUCAAACCAAAAAGGAAAGUCAAAUGGUGCUUUGUGUAUUUGCCUCUGUUCGCCAUGACUGGUCUCUCCCCAAAAUGUAUAUACCGUAGCAUUUGUCUACCUGCUGUCUUAUCUUCAGGACAAAUGUUCAGGAAUUGUGUUGAUUCAAUUUAGACUCUAUGCAUUCUUGUAUGAAAAUGAUGUUCAGGAUCAAUGAGGAAACUGUAGGCAAAAUUUGAAAUCCCAGAUGGAAACGAGCCAUAAGACAAGUGUAAGAUCCCCUGAGGCCAUCUACACAGUGGGGCUUCUUUGGGAAGGUACAGAAUGUGCCUCUUUGUGAAUCUCCUCUGCUGAUCACGAAGGCCUUUUCCACAUUAUCGUUUUCCACAGUGUGUUUACACGAGCCCUUGAAAUAAUACAGGGCAUCAGACCAUAAGAAGGCUAGACGUGGAUGCUGGAAUUGAUUGUUGGUUGAUAGUUUACUCCAUUGCAUUAGAAAUGAGGAACCAAAGGAAGCACAGUCAGGAAAAUGGUCCCUCGGCCUAGAUCAGCACGCCUGGGAGAGGAACAAGGUUUCCCAUGGGGCAGCCUCACGGGAGCUUCCCUGGAACAAUAGGAUUGAAGAAUAGAGGUAUGGCUGCAGACCAGCACAUUAGUGCUUACAACCUCCUGAAUAUGAAUCUUCCUAGGUGUAGGGGGCCCACCAUCAAUGGACUCUGGGGAAGUAGGAAACUCUAUGACAUCAAUACCUAGUUAAAGUUUCUCUCACCUUUAUUUUUUUUCUGAUCUGGAAAUGUUCAUAGAUUUUAUUCCAGCACCAGGAGUUACGACCAUUUAUUCAUAGCAUUAGUUGGAAUCCAAAGACUAUGAAUUCUAUUUUGUAAAACAUUACAGUAUUUUUUUUAAACACAGGUACUGAAUUCUCAUUUCAAAGAUAACCAUGAAUUGAAAUUUUGAAGCUGGUGAAUAGAAGAAACAUAAUCAUUUUUGCCUUAGGAGGGAGGCAUCAAAUGUGCAUUUCAUGCCACUUACCUACUAGCCAUCUUUUGCCAAGUUUAGAAUUCUUAUGGGUUUCAAGUUCUAUAUAGAAAGGAAUGUUAUGUUAGAUUUUUCUCUUGUUAAAAAAUAACUCCUUUAUUCUAAGAACGAUGUCUCAAGGUCUCAUUUUUUUAAUCAUUACUAUUUUACAACUAAAGAGACUUACAAAGAGACUUUACAGGAUAUAAAAUAAUUCCUGGAAAUGAUAUCUGAUGAGGAGAAUGUAAAGCACAUUGAUGUUUCAAUUUUGUAAAAAGAAAAAAAAAAUGCAAUUAGGAUGAGAAAUCAAGGAAAUCUGUUUACCAAAUGUGUUGCAAUUUUCCCAAACACGGAAUCUUCAAACAAUGAACAUGGACUUAUCGGUACUGUGAACUCAAAGAAUUGGCUAUAUCCAGUUUUGUUGAAAGAUAAAUUAAGAAAUAUUUUUGUGGCAUAAGUAAGCUGGUUCAAGAGCUACAUUUCUUAACUUUAGGUAGAGGAGAAUAUUUGGAUCCUUUUGUUGCUAUGCAACUGUUUAAUGAUGAAGAUUCAAACCACAAUUUUGUAUAUCAUACGACAAUCAAUUGUUUUCCAAGGAUAUUUAUUAUUUUAAGUAAACAUGAUUUCAGUGAAUCUGAGUUUUUCUAGGAGUCCCUUAAAGGGAAAUUAGCAUUCCGUGAGCCAGUAAAAUACGUACUCUGGAAAAACAUUACUAUGGUAAAAAGUAAAUUCAAGUUAGUUUUUUAUAAAGAACUAUAACAUUUAUUUUAAACAUUUUAUAAUUACUGAAGUCAUUAAGGUGAGCAAACCAAAUUUCAAAACCACUUGUAAUAAUGUAUUUUGUGAUAGCACUGUGAUACUACAUAACACAGUCCCUUUUGUAUUAAAAUGGUAUUUUUUUCACAAACCGAAAAAUGUCCUUCGCUUUGUUGACAAUGUUUUGUAAGAUGACUUUAUUUUCAGAUCUUUUUCUUUUUUUUUCCUUAUUUUUUCCUUUUUUUUUUUUUUUUUUUUUUUUUUUUUGCACAAAACUAUGUUUAUGGUUUGUAUCACAGAAGUGAAAAUAUAUCUCUGCAUUUUUAUAUCCGGUCUGUUUCUUUGUUUCCUUUGUUUGUUUCUUUUUAACUCGAUAUAGAUUUCCUUCAAAUAUAUCAUGGCGAUAUUCAGAUAUCUUGCCCUCCCAUAUCUUUUCUUAUUUUCACUGCAUGCAUUUAAUCACUGUAUUACUUAAUGUUUGAUCUGUUAUUAUGGGCAUUUCAAGUAGACAAGCAUGGAUGUAAUGACAAAAAGGCUAUUUUAUAUUGAGGAUAUGUGCAUUUGUAUUUCACACAACAGCGAUGAUAUUAAACACUGAUUACUUUAUGCUGCUGUUUAUUAAAAAUGUUUACCAUAUAAUAUUAUUUCCUGAAUAUUGCUAUCCUGGAGGUAUUUGGGGAUUUUAAUAUUAUUUCUCUAAUUAUUGACAUUUCAUAGAAAAAGGAAUCAUAAUUCUUAUUUACUAUAAUUCCUAUUUCAUUGAAAUGAUUUUUUUUUUUAAGUAGGCUUUUAAAAUAGAUUUGGGCAUUCUUUUGCCACUGACCACAGGUGGAAGGGAAAAGAUCCCAAUGAUUUCAUGACCAUAUACUAUCCAACCAUAUAUGGCAAGCUUUUAGUUUUUAAAAUCAAAAUAAUAUAUUGAAUAAUUACUUUACAACCAAAUGGAAUGUAAAAAUUGGUUUUCAAAGUUGCAUCCUUUUCUGCCUUGUUUCCGUGUGAACUUAGACAUCAAAAAUCAUGUCUUCAAACUCUGAAGAAGAAAAAGCUGUGUACAUCUUAUCAUGUUCAACUUAGAUUCCAAUCAUACUGAUAAAAUAAAAAGAAAUGUGGCCAUUUAA